AAAAGUGACACAAAUAAAGCAAAUUGUACGAGUAUCGCCAUCGUCUGUCCCGGGGUCCAGUGUCCAGUCGAUCUGGUGUACCUAUAGCCCAUGAGAAAACGCUGAGUGUUGAGUUUAUUUCUGAUUUCUGUUUCUGUGUGUCGGCUUCUGCGGGUUUCGCUUUUUUGUUGCUGCCAACCAACAGAAGAAGAAAGAGGGAGAAUAUCGAGACGGCGAGACGGCAAGAAGGAAAAUCGUGCGCUCUCAAAGUAACAUAUUUAUUUUUAACAAUUUCGCAAGCGUUCAAAUUUUGCUCCAGCAAAAAAUUAGAACUCAAAGCCAGACAGACAGACAGACAAAGAGACGGACAGACGGACAAGAAAAUAGAUCGCCAGCGAUCGUUAAGAAAAACCAAAACAGCCGGCGAUUGUGGCCUCUUAACAUUUAGCUGGGAAGAACUACAACAAAAACAACAGGAAAGGGCCAGCGAAAGCGAGAGCCAGAAAUAAACGCAGGACAAUUGAGUAGGAGGAGGAGGAGCCAGGGAUUGGCAGAGAUAUGUCCGCAGCCGCUUGUGCCCGCUUCUGUACACCGUUGACAGCUGGAGGCGGUGGCGGCUCCAACAAAGCCAAGUCCAACACAUCGGGCACAGGAUCGUCGUCAAAAUUGACGACAGGAACAGGAAACAGCAGCAUGACGUCAGCAUACAAGAAGAAAAUUCCCGCAAAUGAUACCAACACAGAGGCGACAUUCACAUUCAAAUUGGGCCGUGCAACUGGCGGCAGCAGCAACGGGGGCGCUGGCAGCCACAGCGUUGCCUCAAGUGAGUCAUCAGAUCCUUUGGAAUCAGAUUACAGCGAGGAGGAGGAAGAGCCAGAACCGGAGCCGGAGCAGAGUCAGAGCCAAAGUCAGAGCCAGAACCACGUAAGCAGCCGGAGCAGCAGCAGUGCCACGACCACAACAAGCUCCGCUGACCAUGACAAUGAGGUGGAAGAGGAGGAGGAUGACGACGAUGAGAAUGAUGGCGAUGGUCGCGACGGCGACGAUGUUACCAAUGAUUCCAACGAGAGCAUCGAGGAGGAUGACGGCAAUGAGACCGACGACGAGGAGGAUGAGGAUGACUCCGAUGAGAGCAGCAGCGUCCAGACAGCCAAGGGAGUUCGCAAAUUUCACUUGGACGACUACCAAAUAAUCAAAACUGUGGGCACUGGCACCUUUGGACGCGUGUGCCUAUGUCGCGAUCGGAUUUCGGAGAAGUAUUGCGCCAUGAAGAUUUUGGCCAUGACCGAAGUCAUUCGUCUAAAGCAGAUUGAGCACGUCAAGAAUGAGCGGAAUAUACUGCGCGAAAUACGACAUCCGUUUGUCAUCAGUUUGGAAUGGUCCACAAAGGAUGAGUCAAACCUAUAUAUGAUCUUUGAUUAUGUCUGCGGCGGCGAGCUGUUCACAUAUCUGCGUAAUGCAGGCAAAUUUACUAGUCAAACUUCCAACUUCUUUGCUGCUGAGAUUGUCAGCGCCCUGGAGUACCUGCACUCACUACAAAUUGUCUACCGUGAUCUGAAGCCAGAGAAUCUGCUGAUCAAUCGCGAUGGCCAUUUGAAGAUUACAGAUUUUGGUUUUGCCAAAAAGCUAAGGGACCGCACCUGGACACUGUGCGGCACCCCCGAGUAUAUUGCACCUGAGAUAAUACAAUCCAAGGGCCACAACAAGGCCGUCGAUUGGUGGGCAUUGGGUGUUCUCAUUUAUGAAAUGCUUGUGGGCUAUCCACCAUUCUACGAUGAGCAGCCCUUUGGCAUAUAUGAAAAGAUAUUGAGUGGAAAGAUUGAAUGGGAACGUCAUAUGGAUCCCAUUGCUAAAGACUUGAUCAAGAAGCUGUUGGUGAAUGAUAGAACCAAGCGGCUGGGCAACAUGAAGAACGGUGCCGAUGACGUGAAGAGGCAUCGCUGGUUCAAGCACUUGAAUUGGAAUGACGUCUACAACAAGAAACUAAAGCCACCAAUUUUGCCCGAUGUACAUCAUGAUGGGGAUACGAAAAAUUUUGAUGAUUAUCCCGAGCAGGAUUGGAAGCCGGCCAAGGCAGUAGACCAAAGAGAUUUGCAGUACUUUAAUGAUUUCUAAAA